AUGCGUCCAGUCUCGAUCCCUCUACGCCGUAUCCAUGGCCAAUCCAGGACUUUGACCACCUUUGUCGAACGGGACGUUGUCAUACUUCGCCAGAAGAACAACCAAGACAACACCAUCGUGUCAAAGCCUCUGAAUCCCGCCAACAGGAUCAGUACCCACAAAGGCGACAUCUCCCAUGCAGACAUCAUCGGAAAGAGCCCGAGAGACUUGGUCACGUCUUCUGCUGGUCAUGAGUACAGAAUCCAUACCAUCACUCUGGCCGAGUAUGUCAACAUGACCAGAAGACUCGUGACUCCUAUCUAUCCGGCCGAUGCAAAUCUCAUCGUGAGUCUCUUUGACUUCCAUCCUUCUGCCGCAGAGACUGGUGAGAAGAUCGAAGUACUUGAGGCUGGCACUGGCCACGGAGCGCUUACUUUGCAUCUGAGCCGAGCAAUCAAUGGUGCCAACUCUCAAGCGCCCAAAACAGCACCAGUAUCUGAGCUUACGGAAGAUCUUUCUGGCACCGAGAGUGUCAGUGGUGAACAGCUGCCUGAGAGUGAUAAUGCUUUGGCCGCUUGGAAGGCUUCCCGGAAGGCUGUUAUUCACAGCAUCGAGAUUUCGUCCAAGCAUUCCAAGCAUGCGGCCAAGAUUGUUGCGGGCUAUCGCCACGGUCUCUAUGCCGACAACGUUGAUUUCCACGUUGGAGACGUCAGCGAAUGGAUCGAAUCCGAACGCGCCCGUCGUGACUCAGAAGAACCUUUCCUGACGCACGCCUUCUUGGAUCUUCCCGCUACUCACAACCAUAUUUCAGCUGUUGCUUCGGCACUUCAGAACGACGGAACACUCAUCAUCUUCAACCCAUCCAUCACUCAGAUUCUGGAAUGCAUUCAGAAGAUCAAGCGAGAAAACAUCCCCUUGUUUCUUGACCAGACUCUGGAGCUCGGAAACAAUGGAAGUAGCGGUGGCAAACCAUGGGACCUACGCGCUGUGAGACCACGUGCUUCGUCGAAGGUCCAGCCAACAGAGGAGGUCACCGAUUCUGCACAAUCUUCCGGAUCUGAAGCGGCAGAGGAGUCCAUUACCAGAGAUCCAGCACAAACCCUGAAAGAAGCCAAACCCGAGGACUCCAACUGGACCUUUGUUUGCAGACCCAAAGUCGGAGAGAGAAUUACGGGCGGUGGCUUCUUGGGCGUCUUCCGGAAGAUGAACGAUACUAUGCGAUCCUAG